AUCAGCAUCAGCAUCAGCAUCAUCAUCAUCAUCACCAUCAUUAUAAUUUCACACUCAUCACUUUGCCCGCAAGUCGAGAGUUCUUGAGAUGCAUUCGUAUUCGUUCGAGAGCCCAUAUGUGGCGUAUUCUAGCUUCAGGGGAGCUGGUUCGUUCGCUGCAGAGAUUUCCACUGAUCACUGGUGGUUACAUUGUCAGUGCUGAGGCAGCAUGGGAUCACGUCACAAUGGCCGACCGUGAGUUGGCAUUUAAAGCCGGGGACGUCAUCAAAGUCCUUGAUGCUUCUAACAAGGAUUGGUGGUGGGGACAGAUCGACGAUGAAGAAGGCUGGUUUCCCGCCAGUUUUGUAAGGCUCUGGGUGAACCAGGAAGACACAGUAGAUGAAGCCAGUAGUGAGGUCCAGAAUGGACAUCUGGACCCAAACUCCGACUGCCUGUGCCUUGGCAGGAGUAUACAGAACAGAGAUCAGAUGAGAGCAAACGUCAUCAAUGAAAUUAUGAGUACAGAACGACACUACAUCAAACACCUGAAAGACAUCUGUGAGGGGUACCUAAGGCAAUGCAGGAAACGCAGAGACAUGUUCAGCGAUGAGCAACUCCGAGUCAUCUUUGGAAAUAUCGAGGACAUCUACAGGUUUCAGAUGGGCUUCGUCAGAGACUUGGAGAAGCAGUACAACAAGGAGGAUCCCCACCUGAGUGAGAUCGGACCUUGCUUCUUAGAACACCAAGAUGGAUUUUGGAUCUACUCCGAGUACUGUAACAACCAUCUGGACGCUUGCAUGGAACUCUCCAAGCUGAUGAAGGACGGCAGGUAUCAACACUUCUUUGAGGCCUGCCGGCUCCUGCAGCAGAUGAUCGACAUCGCCAUUGAUGGUUUCCUGCUCACCCCGGUGCAAAAGAUCUGCAAAUACCCACUGCAGCUCGCAGAGUUACUCAAGUACACGGCGCAGGAACACAGCGACUAUCGAUAUGUUGCUGCUGCUCUGGCAGUCAUGAGGAAUGUGACGCAACAAAUCAAUGAACGCAAAAGGAGGUUGGAGAAUAUCGACAAGAUUGCCCAGUGGCAAGCUUCUGUCCUCGACUGGGAGGGCGAUGACGUCUUGGACCGCAGCUCAGAGUUGAUUUACUCCGGGGAGAUGACGUGGAUUUAUCAGCCUUACGGACGGAAUCAGCAGAGGAUGUUCUUCCUGUUUGAUCAUCAGUUGGUGAUGUGUAAAAAGGAUUUAAUACGAAGGGAUAUCCUUUACUACAAAUGCAGGCUCGAUAUGGACAGGUAUGAGCUAAUGGAAAUCGAGGAUGGGAAAGACGACGAUUUUAAUAUCAGUGCCAAGAAUGCCUUCAAACUUAGGAACAAGGAAACAGAGGAAGUGCACUUAUUCUGUGUCAAGAAGCCGGAGGAGAAACAGAGGUGGCUGCGAGCAACUCGAGAAGAAAGGAGAAUGGUUCAGGAAGACGAAAAGAUAGGGUUUGAAAUCUCGGAGUACCAGAAGAGACAAGCAGCAAUGACUGUCAGGAAAGUCAGCAAACAAAAAGGAGUGAACUACACCAGGUCGAUGCCUCCUUCAUAUCCAGCGCCUCCUGAUCCUUUGCAACAGAGAAACUUCAUGCUCGCUGAUGGCAUACCCCAUCAGUCCAUGUACGAACUAACGGAACCCAAACGAAGCCAAUCUCCCUUCUGGCAGAACUUUAGCAGGUUAACGCCAUUCAAGAAGUAACAGGCUGUGUUGUGGUGGAAGGACCUAACCCUUGGUAGUUGCUGUUGACAAUUUGAACACACACAAGGACCAACAAUGUUGGGGGAAAUAGAUUAUCCACAGACGUUUAAGUCGAGUCGACCUGAACGAUUUUCUGACUCCCUUUCCUUCCCACCCUCCUCCCCUACCUGGCAUUCAGCUGAGCCUUGGUUCAGACGUUUUAGCUGAUUAUUUCUUACGUGGGUUCCACUGUUUGGUUAAAAAAAAACGAGACGUUUUACGAUGGAAGAUCAAGAUUCAAGGAAAACUGAAGUUGAAAAAUUCACACCUUCAUCUCGCUGUUUCAUUUCUGCUGAUGCUUAAGAUUGCUUUCCAGUGCACUCGUUGCAGCUGCUAUGUAUAUUUCUCGCUUCUGGUUUUUAUGAAGGUUUCAUUGUUACUUACAUCUGUACUGUUUGGGUGCAAAUGUUUUACCGCUCGAUGAGUUCUGACACAGAAGCUAGCUGCACAGGUUUUAAGCAUCGCCGACGUGCAAGUCCGAUGGUUUAUUAUGUAUCCAUGUGCUGACGUGAAGAUGCGGUGUGUGGAGGGCAGGGCGAAGGAGGCUUUGGAGAUCAGUGGGCUGAUGGAUGCUCACCAUUAUGCGCGCAAUGACUCCUGAUUCAUCACUUACAGCCAUCCGUUGCACAAACAUUAUGGAGAUUCUGAUUAUUCGGCAAAGCAAGGGUUAAAAGGACAGAGGAAACACCCCCACCCCCACUCCCCACAAUAUUUUUGUCUCCAUAACGUAAAUUUCUAUGCUCUAUCUCAGUAUCUAGCUAAAAGACCUUGCGACAGAAUAAUUCAACACGAUGAAUACAUAAUGACUAUUGUUUGAAACAGGGGAAAUGAACUGUUUAUUAACUUUCAUUGUUUUUAAUGCACAUUCCUUGCAGUUAACGUACUUAAUUGGUUAUUAAGGCUCAAAAACAAAUCACAGAUCGAAUCUUGAUCUGACUCUUUAACCCGUGUUGGUCGUGUUGGCACUGUGAUGGUUUCUUUUUGUAGCCUCCCCCCCCUCACCCCGGACAUUCUGGUGUCUCACCAGUUAAUUGCUGUCGGGCGUUGGAACGGAUUGAAGUGUUGCUUAAUUUCAGCGUGUCUGGAAGCGAGGUGACUGGCUCUCUGACCUGGUAAUGACUGCGGAUGAUGCAGCUCAGUGCACAGCAGGACGGGGGAAAGCCGAGACAGGUUAAAGAGCUAAGAUGUCUUUAAAUAUUCUCCUGCAAAAAAAAAAUGUCUGGUGCCACAAAAAUGAUGUAGCCGGUUGUUUUGCCUCGUGCCUGCAAAAUCGGACGUCGUUUCUCCAAAUUUAGUCAAACCGUCGCCAAACUUUUGAAAUAACAGUGAACUUUUUUUAUAGAACC